AUGAGUAAGAUUAGUAGCUCAUCGUACAUUAUUGAUGAUGAUCAAAAUCGAUUCGCUAUGGAUUUUUUGUUCGCUCAGUUGAAUACUGGGAAUGGGACAACAUCCAAGCCCUACUCUGAUCGAAAUCUACCUGCAUCUUUCUUUCGACAACCAUCGGCACAUAUUCCAACCAAAGAUCAACACGCUCAACAUACAAAAAAUCAACGUAGUCUACCAGGAAGUUCAGCGAAAGCUACAAAAGGCAACGAUAGCCAUGCACAUUCGAGGACUAUUAGUGACAGUGCUGUACUUAAUGGGCAAGUUGCAAUGAGUUCAAAUUUAUCCCAAAACCAUUGGCAUUCUACGGCACUUCCUUUGCCUGAUGGAUGGGAAGAAAAACUAACAGACAAUGGACAAAUCUUCUAUAUCGAUCAUUUCACUAGAAGUACAACAUGGAAUGAUCCUCGGCCGAACCAUUAUGCAAAAUUUCGAUCGUACUGUGCUUCACUUCAAUUGCCUGAUGAUUAUGUUCAGAAAACCGAUGGCCAUGGACGAGUCUACUUUAUGAAUGUCAAAACUAAACAAACGUCCUUGGUUGAUCCGAGACCAACCUACUAUCAUUCGUUGAUGACUAAACGCUUUGAUGUCCCAUCAGUAACAGUUCCACAAACGGAAGAAAAUCUUGCCGAGAAACUGACCACAAUCGCGAAAGAAAGACAAGCCUUGCAACAACGAACACAAGAAUUAGAAAGAUUAGAAGCUGAAUUACAAGAGAAGAUGCUUCGCUCGCAUGGUAUGAACAAUCUAAUUGCGACCAAUCACACUACUGUUCAAUCAUUACCCGUCGGUUCACUUGCUCACAAACGAUACGAAAGUACCGAUAGUGGCCUAGGAAAUGAUUAUAAUGAUUCGAAUGAAUUAUUUGAUACGGUUUCCAAUUUUUCUGAUAAUCAUCUUUUUCCGGAUUCGACAGACUUUAGAAGUUCACCUAUGGACACACAUUGUGCUGGUCAAACUCCUCAUUCUACUUCUGUGGCAAACAGUUGCCAAAUGAAUACGAAAGCACAUCAAUCGAUGCAGCAAUGGUCUUCCAGUACUCGUUUUUAA